AUGGCGGUUUCUUCUCUCUCUGUUACCCCGCUUUCUCUCUCCAAUUCUUCUCCCUCUCUAUCUUCCAAGCUAAAGUCUCCAUCUUUGUGCCUUUUCUCGGGUAACUCCUUGAGGGUCACAUGCCCCAAACCUCUGCACUCAUCAACUGUGGUUCAUGUUGCUCCGGAAGUAUUGGAUUCUUCCCCUGAUCCCUUGGACCCACCUCCAGAAACCCUUGAUGAUGACUCUGAACCCACUACUUUUCAGGUUGGUGACUUGGGGAUUCCCAGCACUUCGGCAAUUAGCAUUGGCGCUGAUGCAGAUGCGAUGGCACCAAAGCAGAAGAUUAGAAUCAAGCUUAGAUCUUAUUGGGUGCCCUUGAUAGAGGAUUCCUGCAAGCAGAUAUUAGAUGCAGCAAGGACUACCAAUGCAAAAACAAUGGGACCUGUGCCAUUACCAACCAAGAGACGAAUCUACUGUGUUCUUAAAUCCCCUCACGUACACAAGGAUGCUCGGUUCCAUUUUGAGAUAAGAACUCACCAGCGUCUCAUUGAUAUUCUGUAUCCUACUGCUCAAACAAUAGAUUCUCUGAUGCAACUUGAUCUUCCUGCUGGUGUUGAAGUGGAGGUCAAGCUCUAG